AUGUUCGGUACUUCUCGUGCCUGCCCCGAGAUUGACUUUGAGGAGGCGCUUCGAGUCAGCUGGCAACAGCUUCCGCGGCCUACGCACAAAUUGCCAUGGGAGCACGGUGCCGUGGGCUUCGCCUUGGGUAAAAUUAGUCUGGCUCGGCUCGUAUCACCCAGCGCGUCGUUGAGCUGGGAAAGGCCUGUGCCGGUGCCCGUGCCUUCUGCGGGCCUCGCUCCCACAAAAGUUGGCAGUCAACCUUGCAAGAAGCAACGUGUGACUAUUGCGUGUUUUCGUCGCUGUCAGAUGAGUGCACGGCCUGGGAAUGACGAUCAGGACGCCAGACGAAAAGCUGUCGUCUCGCAACGGGCGACCGUCUUGUUGGUGAAGCCCGAUGCAUCCUGGGUUGGGCGCACUGCUAUCGAGGAAGCUGUGGGUGGCCACGUCGCUUCGGCAAACCCUGGCGCCUUGUUCAAUGGCGCAUGCUGCAUUGUGGAGGACAUUACUGGCGUGAAGUCCACUGCCACAUUGCUAAAGCGCUUAGGCAGUGUCCGUAGGUUCAUGGCGUGGUGUCAAGUUUGCGGAGAAGCUCCAUUUCCCUAUGUCGAGUUCGUGCUGUGCGGCUACGUUCGCUAUCUACGUGAUGAGGAGGCUGCAGCCACAGCAGCGCAAUCCUUUGUUGAAGCUGUCAGGUUCUCAGCAGCGCUUUUUGGCAUCGAUGGAGGCUGUGGCGUCGUAAGCAAGCGAAUCAGCGGCAUAGCGGCAACGCUUGCUACAAAGAGCGGACCCAUUAAACAGGCGCCGCCCUUGACUGCUGCACAUGUCCGCGCAUUGGAACAAGCUGCUGUGCAAGCAGCCAGCCCUCAGGAUCGGCUUUGGGCAGGAUCGCUUCUGAUCUUGUUGUACGCGCGAUGUCGUUUUGGUGAUGGUCAACGUGCCACGUCAUGGGUCGUGGAUAUGGUGCCUGCUUCCUCGUCUGAAGGCUUCAUCGAGUUGACCGUGCGACACUUCAAGACGGCCACCAGCGUGAAGAAGAAAAGACAGCUUCUGCCAGUGGUCGCCCCCAUGGUCUCGCUGACUGGACUUGGAUGGUUCGAGGCUUGGCUUGCCGUGCGCGCUGAGUUGGGACUUCCUCGUGAUGGAUCUUUGGCCGUGCCGCUACUCCCCUGCUUCAGCGCGGGUGGUCUGCCCACUGCCUCUGGCUUGACCUCCACUGAAGGUGGCGCCGUGCUGCGUGCCUUGCUGGAAGUCGGUGACGAGAGUCAGCCUCGCUAUACGUCGCAUUCCUUAAAGGCGACCUUGUUGUCCUGGGCUGCCAAGUAUGGAAUAGAUUUGGCCUCUCGAAGGCUUCUGGGAUACCACCUGGAUCCUUCAGCCUGUUCGGCUGAGACCUACGCGAGAGACGCUUUAGCAGCACCGUUGCGCCUGCUCGUGCGCAUGCUGGAUGAUGUGCGUGAGGGGCGAUUUGACCCAGAUGCCACGCGCAGUGGCAUGAUAUCUGCGCUACCACGGCGCCAGUCCAGCCCGAGCAGGCCAAGCAUGCGCAGAUACCUUCUACAAGUAAGGAGCCCCGUGCAGCUGUUGACACAUCAGACCGUUUCGACGCAGAUGGAGCGCACGAUGGCGAAACUGAGUCUGAGCACUGAGCACAGUGAUCAAGAAAGCGACUGCAGCUCUGGAUCGGAUAGUGAUUUCGAGCCCCUGGAUGAUGAGGCAUCCUUGCUGCGUUUGGUUUCGCCACAGUUGCGUCCAAGGUUCCUUCGAGCGGCUCCUGGGCGUGUUGUGUAUCGACACGACUAUUCCGGCAUCUACCACAUUGGCCGGGAUGGCUCUGAUCGUCUAGAGUGCGGCAGGCGCAUUAGUGACAGGUUUGUUCAGGAGAUGUGCGUGGUGGCUUCCUCUGUAAAGUGCAAGACGUGUUUCUUGGAGACGCGGGAGUGUGUCGUAGCGAUGGCGCCCGACUCUGAAUGA